AUGGCUCGAUCUCCGUUCUUUCCCUUUUACGUCUUGCUGCCCAUCCUCAUUGUUGAUGGUCUCAUUGAGGUGGGCAUGAUAGGAGAGACGGUCGGCUUCCUUCACGACCGAGCGGGCAAAUUCUUUACUGUCAAUACCCCGUCAGGUUCUUUCGAUAUUCACGGAAAACCCAAGAAUCUAUACGUUAACCAGGGCCAUACAAGCAACGGCGCAGCAGGGACAGCCGUGGUCCUGAUCGGCCUGGGAGGUCUGUUGACCAUCUGGCUCGAGAACCGACGGGCAAGGAAGACCAAUGCGACAAGCCACUCCUUCCUCUUUUUAUUCUGGGUGGUUUUCACGUGGCUAUCGGCGGCUUUAACGCUCUCUGCCUUGAUCUACGUCAACGUGGUAGUCGCGCAGACCGAUAACCAAACGAUCGACCUGUCAGUUGCCGAACAGAAUCCAGAACCGGCAAUGUACCCGCUCGACCACUGGACACCGGACAACUGGUUCAAGGCGCUUCUGAAGCUGGACCUCGCGCACUCCAGCGACAGAGGCACACUCAAGUACCAUCUCCGCCUGAUCAGUGGGUGGCGAUGGAAUCUGAUCCCGUUGUUCAUCUUCGGAGCCGCCGUGGCGCUGGUGGCCCUGUGGGAAGUGAUUCGGUCCCGACGGUGGACAACAGGAGAGUCUCGAGAGAAGCUGCGUGGCUCAGGAAGUCAACAGCCCAAACCAUUCCCCAGUUCGUGA